UCCCUGUCUUUUAGUUUCUCACUCUCACUUUGUUAAAUAUAUAUUCCUGUUUUUUUUUAGUCUGUGUCUUAUUCCUUUCCUCUAAAUUCUAACCGUGAAACAUCCAGAAUUUUCAUAUCAAUGGAGGCAUCUAGUGCUUUUUAUUAUUAAAUAGAAUCAAAUAUUUCUCGACUUCACCCACGUGUAUAGGCUCCAGUAUGUCAGGAUCUGUUACUACAGAGCUAUUCCAGACAGCAGUUGAUAAACUUCUGAAUAGUUGGACAGUAUUGCAGCUUGCUGUAAUGCAUGGAUUUGGAGGAUGUCAAAGUAAAGAGAAAGCUGCAUGGUUGUCUUAUGCCAUUGAUACCUGGUUUAAGGAAAACAAUAAUCUUGACCCAUAUGAAGUUGAAGAUUUCCUCACAGAUGUUAUGAACAAAGAAUUUGACACAAUAGCAGAUGAUGGUAGCGUUCCUUUGAUGGCAGCUGAGAUUUGUACCAUUUACAAACUCUGUCAAAACAACAAUGUGGAAGAGGUUAACAAACGGAUUGAGAGGUUACCAAAUGCAAAUAUUCAGAAAUCUGUGCGUGCUGAUAGUGAUGAAGAAGAAAUUGGGACUGAGAGUAACUGUUUGCCAAAUGGAAAUAAUUCCACAAAUUCUACAGCUAAAGAUACUGAUGUUACAAUGGAUGAAAUAAAUACAACUGCUCCCUCAGACCAAGUCAUGGAUGCUGAAGAAGAUGGUUGGCAUGUGGUGAGAAAGAAUAGACAGAAGAGGGCAUAGCUGAAUUUAUCAUCUUCACAUGAUGUUAUAUAUCUUUGAUUCAAUUCAAACAUUCAAAAUGAGCUUGAGUGUCUUAAAUCAUAAUCAUCUUAAAUUAUUUUGAUAUCUGCAACUAUAAGAUCAUUGAAAUAUUUAUAAUUAAUGCUGGACCUUUUAAUCUGCACACAGUGCUCUACAAUUUAAUCAAACAUUUGAAGCAUGGAAUUAUAAAAGACAACUCCAAAACAGAAGAUGAAGCUGAGAAUUUAUGCAGUGCAUAUUCAAAAUUUAAACCAUCUGAUUGACUAUAUGCUAAUUUGGAACUUUGUAAAUACUUUAACUUUGUAAUAAUAACUACUGAGUUCUGGUGAACCAAGAA